CCAUUUCUUCCCCUGCUUCGGUGCUUCCCAACCUUCUCUUUCUUCGUUAUCCAUUUCUUUCUUCUCCUGCUUCCCAACCUCCUCCGUCGUCCGCUCCAUCGGACAACGCCGCCAAGCGCCAACCCCUUCAUCCUCGAUUCCAUCACCACCGGCCACCACAUCAACGUCGCCCCUGCGCCGUGGCUGCCUGCUCAUGCUGCCUUUGCUCGCGCCGCUAUCGCCGCUUGGAGCUCGAUCGGACAGUGCCGCUGCCUCUCUAGCUCCUUCCCGCCUCCGCGCGCCGCCGGUCACGCCGUCGGCCGCUCGGCUCCUGCCCGCUUACACGCGCCGCACCUCACUCCCUCCGCCCACUGCUCACUGCCUUGCGAGGACAAAGGGUAUCCAUGAACGGGAGGAGCCGCACGGAGCCACUAUUUCUGGCUCCCGUACUCCCGAAUAGCUCCAGAGAGCGGGAUUUGGGGGGCUUCGAUGCUGGAGCUGUGGUAUGAGCACCGGUUUGGCAGGCCUUCGCGCGGAGCUGGUUUUAGAGCUGCAACCGGAGCCCCGCCAAAAAGGACCGCAGUACUCACUUCGGGAGCUCCAGUACCCGCUGCGAGUUUUUUAAGCUAAACUCAUACCGCAGGGUCUGGCAGCGGACGGGUUACCGUUCCCACCGCGAACAGCCUAACAGGAACAUAUUAGAUGCAAACUCUCCAUCCAAACUAUACAAACUCUAAUUUAGUCAAUUGGAUUAACAUCCAUGGAGCACAGGAGUGGGAAGGAGAAUUUGCAAAAGUGUGAUUAGUCAAUCCAAAUGCGGGCGGUUAAUUGUAAAAUUACCUAAUCCCCUCGUGUUCUUUUGAUGCCGGUGGUCCAAAUUGGAGUUUGCAUGGUUUGCACGGAGAGAUUAUUUUGCACUUGAUAUGUCCUAGCCUAACAAAGCAAGAAUUUUCAUUAUUUGAGACUCAAUUCGCAAGUCUUUCAGAAUUUGACAUUCUUAUCACAAUGAUAUGUGGAGUCAUUCUGAGUCAUUGACAUGUGGGUCAAAGUGUCAAAUUCUGAAAGACUUGCGAAUUGAGUUCCAAAUAAUGAAAUUUAAGCAUCUCCGCCCUAAAACCGUGACACAAAACCCUAAACCCCUCUCCUCUGCUUAUGGCGCCGCCUCCGCCGCCGCCGAAACAGCUUGUGCUGGCUGCGUCCUCCGCGGACGCCGGCGUGGCCGCCUGGGACCUCCGCACCGGCGCGGAGGAAAUCCGCCACCGCCCCUGCGCCUCCCGCCCUCGCGCGCUCACCUCGGUCGCCGACCGCUUCCUCGCCGCUGCACAGGCCCCUCCCGCUGGCGGCAACUCCGGCACCGUCCACUUCUACCACUGGGACAAGCCACAGGUGGCCGUCAAGAGCUUCCCCGCUGAGCCUAUACGCGCGCUUCUUGCGGACCAGGAGGGGAGCUACCUCAUUGGCGGUGGCAGCAACGGCAACUUAUUCCUUUGGGAGGUGGCUAGUGGAGAGCUUCUCCAGACAUGGCAUGCACACUAUCGUGCUGUUAGGUGCCUCGCGCUUUAUGACUAUCUGCUUGUCUCAGGAUCAGAGGAUGGAAGCAUCAAAGUCUGGGAUCUGAUCACGGUGCUUGAUGAGCAGUCAAGGUUGGAGGCCCAGACACCAUACCUCUACAGUUUCAAUCAGCAUGCACUGCCUGUAACUGAUAUUGCUUGUUUCCUUGGAGCAAUUGCUGUAUCUUCUUCAGAAGAUCGAACCUGCAAAAUCUGGAGUUUAUCUGAGGGUAGGAUGCUAAGAAGCAUUCCAUUCCCUACUAGCAUUGAUUCUGUAGCACUAGACCCAAGAAGUCAUGUUUUCUAUGCUGGUGGUAGAGAUGGAAAGAUAUAUGUUACUGCAAUGGGUGUUGAUAUCAGUUCUCAUGGUAGUGAUGAGUCAGCUAUUCUUGGUGCUUUGGAUGACCAAAGCAAGGCAGUAACAAGCUUGGCAUCAAGCACAGAUGGACUUUUACUAGUUUCUGGAUCUGAGGAUGGUAAUGUUCGGGUAUGGGAUACUAGAAGUCAGCAAGUAACCCGAAAAUUCAAACACUCCCAAGGUCCAGUAACCAAUGUUCUGAUAGUAACACCAAAACGUGUAAUCCUGCCCCCACUACAUCCAUUGCGGAAAGUUUGCUCAGCAAAUGGUGAAGUUGAACCACGUGCUGUAAUUCUGCCUCGGCCUGAAAAUGAUGUUCCUAUUCAUGGAAAUCGAACCUCAAUUUUUAUGGAGCACUACUUGGAUGAACUUCAGAAGUAUGGUGGUACGUCUUUGAUAUUUGGUUCUGGUCUGCGUACUCAGAAUUGCACACCUAACCAACAAGGGACAGAAUGGAGAGAUAGAUACUUGGAGCUGCGGGAUCUCUUUUUGCAUGAGGUCCUAGAUCAGAUGCCGUCCUCUAGGAACCCAUGAUCCCCUGCAAUUCCAACCGGAUGCACUUUUGUAACUGAGAUGACCAUGGAAAUAUAUAUUUUUUUUCAAACACAUAGCACAGGACCAAAGUGGUUGCUAUUCAAUUUCAAAAGCAUGAAGUCGAUGGAUGUCAGUCUCACAGAUGAGCUCUUUGGAGCAAUGAAUCUGGUAGCUGUGGGUGUAAUUUUACUGUGAUCCAUGAAUUGUUGGAAUGUGGCUGAUUAUUAGAACAGUAUUAGGCAUAUAAGUCAUUAAAUGGUGUGAAGAUAGGCCAAAUCUGAGUGUUAUCCUGAAAGGGUGAAUAUAAAGUAAGACAGAUCUGUAGUGUAAAAUGAUGCGGUAGUGAAUCAUUGGGAGCUGUUAGCACUCAGACUAAAUCCAUGGAACUAUUGCAUUGUACAUCCCAGAUCCAGUAGAUGUAGAACCUUGUAAAUCAGCCAGCCUAGUGCAAAUACUGGUACAUGAGUGCCCAUGUUUACCUAAGGUACCAAA